AUGAACACGAACUACUUUGCGGACGAUUACAUCCCUGGAUCGACCAACAUCUUCUCGUCGUCUGAUGACUCUUCCAGUAACCAUACCGGGAGGCCUUUGAAGAAGAACAAGAAGGGUGUUAUUUUACUCCCGCAACCUUCAGACUCCGUCAAUGACCCUUUGAACUGGUCGGCUGCGAGAAAGACGUGGCAUUUCUUAGUGGUUUGUUACAUCACUGGUCUUACUGCUGCCAUUGCAAAUGACGCUGGUGCUGCUCAGGAAUCGUUGAACCAGUUUUACGGCAUUUCAUAUGAUGCCAUGAACACAGGAGCUGGUGUUCUUUUCCUUUUCAUUGGCUGGUCGUGUAUCUUCUUUGCACCAGCUUCGUCCCUUUUCGGCAGAAGAAUCACAUACUUGAUUUGUCUCUUGGCAGGAACUUUGGGAUCGGUCUGGUUCGCUCUUUCGAGGAAGACUGCCGACACAAUUUGGUCUCAGGCGUUCGUGGGCAUGUCUGAAGCGUGUGCUGAGGCUCAGGCCCAGCAGUCAUUGGCAGAUAUCUUUUUCCAGCACCAGUUAGGUUCGGUCUUGACUGUGUACAUUUUGGCAACAUCGGUCGGUUCAUUUCUUGGACCAUUGAUUGCUCAUUUAAUUUCUGAAAGUCAAACCUUCCGUUGGGUAGGCUGGUGGGGCGCCAUCAUCACAGGUGCAACUCUUGUCUUGGUUUUAUUUACCUGUGAAGAAACUGUCUUUGACAGAUCCAAAUACUUUCCGGUGUAUGAAUCGCCAGAAGAAGCUGUGGCCAUGAUUGACGACCCAGAGAGAGACUACAAGCCUUUGAGUGAAAAGGAAAAGGAGGCCAGCGAACCCACUGCCGUUACUUCAGGUACUGAACUUGCCGUGGAAAGAACUAGAAGAAGGUCAAGGCCUGCGGUCACCGAGAUGGAUGAAGAAUCUGGAUUAGAGAAGGAGAAGCCAAACUCCUAUUUGAAACAGAUCGCCAUCAUUACACCCUCUGAAUACAUAAAGGGUACUGGUUUCAAGCAGUACAUUGAAAGAUUUCUUGUCUACUUCAAGGUGUUCACUUUGCCUGCUGUCUGGCUUUCUGGUUUACUAUGGGGGUUGCAAGAUGCAUACAUGUCUUUCUUCCUCACAACCCAGGAUACGUUUUUCUAUGAUGAACCAUGGAAUCUUACUGAGACUGGUGUGGCCGUCAUGAACGUGGCCACAUUGAUAGGUGCCGUCAUUGGCUGUAUCAUGUCUGGUGUGUUUUCUGAUAAGCACGUUCUUUGGCUUGCAAAGCGUCAUGAUGGUGUUUACGAGCCGGAGUACAGAUUAUACCUUCUUUUCAUCACUAUGAUCAUUUCUCCAGUUGGUUUGAUAAUGUUUGGUGUGGGAGCCGACAGAGAAUGGCCAGGCUGGGUUGUAUACGGAGGUCUUGCUCUCAUUGGGUUCGGCUGGGGUUCUAUUGGUGAUACAGCCAUGUCCUACUUGAUGGAUUCCUAUCCAGAGAUUGUCAUCCAGGGUAUGGUGGGUGUUUCCAUCAUUAAUAACACCUUGGCUUGCAUUUUCACAUUUACAUGUUCCCUUUGGUUGAACUCUGCUGGCACCCAGAAUACCUACAUUGCCUUGGCGGUUAUUGAUUUCGUCUCCAUUGCCUUCAUUAUUCCAACUCUUUACUGGGGUAAAAGCUGGAGGAAGUGGUCUAAAGGUCUUUAUGUCGAAUUGGUGGAACUUACACAAGGUAUGGGCUAA